AUGCCUGUAGGAGGUCGUACGACGGGCGGCGCACAUAAAAAUAUCGACUUCAUGCUGCCGUUCGCGCGGGAGCGGAUGGACGCCGCGCUCGCGCAUCUCGAGCAGCUUUUCCCCUCCACUCCCCCCACCUCUGCCACCGCCAUAGUCGUCUUCCUCCAAGAAUGCCUGGAAGAAGACCUCGCGACGGUCCGUGAGAAGGCGUGGGUGCGGGACCGGUUCCACAUCACGGAUAUCGACGGCGCCAACUGGGCGAGCCACUACGGGACGACGACGCUGGUGGAUCGGCGCUUGGAUUUCGCGGAGUGCUUUCGGGUGCACUGUGAGCAGACGAAGUUUGGGCGCGAUGCGCUGUGUGCUGGUGUGCGGAUGGAGGAGCUGCCCUGAUCGAUUCUCGGACAGUCGUAACCUCAGCUUAUAUACCUAGGUAUGUUUAUCCAAAGCCGAGUGCCUCACAGAGACCAUCCCAUACAUAGGUGAGGGCGGGCUGGCAAAUCUUGUGUGCAACACAAAGAUUCU